AUGGUCCAAAAACAGAUCUUUGUUUCAAGUGCUGUGGGUAAUGACUGUCCAUCGUCAAGCAUGUAAAGGCCUUGCCUAUCCUUCUUAGGCACCUUCUGCGGGAAGACGAAGCAGGAGCCCUGCAUUCCUUGCCCUUCAAAUAGUUUCUCCAGCACAAGUGGACAAAAGGGCUGUGACAUAUGCAGGAAGUGCGAAGGUAUUUUCAGGACGAAGAAGGCGUGUUCCCCCACCAGCAAUGCCGAGUGUGAGUGUGUGUCAGGAUUCCACUGCCAGGGGGCAGGGUGCACCAUGUGUGAAGAGGACUGUAUUCAAGGUCAAGAAUUAACAGAAGAGGGUAGGUUUGCUCUCCUUCAAUCUAGUGCAAAUUUUCUAAGCUGCUCUUUGGAUGGGAAGUCGGUACUUGUGAACGGGACGAAGGAAAGUGAUGUAGUGUGUGGCCCAACAUCAGCUGACUUCUCUCCAGGUCACACCUCCCAGGUCAUCAUCUUCUUUCUCGCACUGACAUCAGCUGCAUUGCUGUUCCUGGUGUCCUUUCUGAUGCUCCGUUUCUCGGCUGUUAAACAAGGCAGAAAGAAACUCCUGUAUAUAUUCAAACAACCGUUUAUGAGGCCAGUACAAACAGCCCAAGAGGAAGAUGCCUGCAGUUGCCGAUUUCCAGAAGAAGAAGAAGGAGAAUGUGAACUAUGAAGUGGAAACCCAAGGAGGGGUUGGGACUCUCCUGAGAAAAGUCACAGGAGAAAUACAAGGGCUCCCACUAUCAUAUCUUUCUAAAUUCAAAAAAGUCAUCACAGAUAAUACCCGAGAUUACCUCAACAGGUUUCUUCUAACUGCUCAUGAGUUGGCCUUUAAAAAUGGACCACUUUUAACAGAACAGAAGAAUGGGACAGAACUGGUGGUAAAAGGUGCAUUUUCUGGAUACUGCUUAAGAGGUUUGCACUAGUUUUUUGAAAUCCAAAGAAAAAUUUAUUUUAAAUUUAAUCACGCAGGCCAAUGAUGCAGCUAAAAUUACAGUCAAAGCCAAUUCUAUUUUUGGGGGGGUGCUAAUAUGAUAUAGGACAGUGAGCCAUAGAUGCAGGGAAUAUCCCCAACCGAAUUUUCCAUGGGUUCAGUCAUUCAGCACAAUGACACCCUCACACUGUCAGGGGACAAUGAGGACAGUUAUCAUCAUUGUCCAGGUUUGGGGUCAAGAGCAAAAAACAAAAAAAAAAAAACAAAAACAAAACAAAACAAAUGAACAAAAAUCUCAGACCUUGAAGAAGAGUUUUGGGAAAAAAAGAGUCACAUGUCCCCCAUAUUCUGUGGUCCUCUCCACUCCCACAUCUUUUGCCUUUGUCCUCCUCCCCUCCGAGCCAGGGCAUGCUUUUUUAUUCUUAAAAACUUUAACAAUAACAUCUGAUACACAUAAAUUAAUAAGUGAAACAGGAAUGAAGAUCCACAAACUCAGAGCCUAACCGGAGCACUUAGAGCAGGAGUCGCCAAACUCCCACGGGUCAAGUCUGAGCUGCCUUUGUGUGGCUGAUGAGCUCAGAAUGGUUUUUACGCAUUUUAAAUAGUUAAAAAUAAAUCGAAAUAAGAAUAGUAUCUCAUGACACGAAAAAUUCUAUGAAACUCAAAUUUUAGCGUCUAUAAAUAGUUUUUUUGGAGCACACAGCCACCCUCAGGCCGGCCUUGGCAUUACAACGGUAGAGUUGAGCAUCUGGGACAGACUAUGUGGCCCACAAAGUCUAGAAUAUUUAGUAACUGACCCUUUACGGAGUCAAAGUCAGGGUCAGAGCAGCCGUCUGUGCACUGCUUCCCUCCCACAUCUCCUGCCUAUCUCCCCACCCCAAGCCCAGACAAUGAUUCUCAGGAAUGUUGAGUCUAUCAGUCCCUUGCUUUAAAAAAAAAAAAUCAUUUAUCCUAUAGAUAUGUAUGCCACAAAAAACUAUUUUAUUAGUUUUGUUUGUUUCUGAGAUUUAUGAAAACGGUUCUGUGCCUGUGGAGACUUACUGUGCUUUAAUCGCUCAAAAGUAUAUUUAUAAGACUCAUUUAUGUUAUUGUGUGUAGCUAGAAUGCAUUCAUUUUGACUGCUGUAUAGUUUUACAAAUAUACUAUUUUUUUUAUUAAAGUAUAGUUGAUUUACAAUGUUGUGUUAGUUUCCGGUGCACAACAUAGU